GAUCCACGGCGCACACACCGGCGUCAUUAGUUAGACUGAAACUUCCUCAGGAUUUUACACAGAGACUAUUCAUUUUCUUCUGUGAGCGUGGUCUAAACUUUUUUUCACGCCUUAGUAUUUUUUUUUCUUUGUUAUUUGCGCUUCUUUUCUAUUUUCUUUAAACUUUUUUUUUUCCAUGUGAAAACAGAACAUGAGGAUUUGCCCCAGGGAGAAUAUAUCAAAAGUUUGAGCUUCGCAGAUGUGACUGGUCUUCCAGUGGAUGAAGAUGGACCGCGUCGCACUUUACGCACUCCGGGCUCUGUUGGUGCUGCUUGUUUUGCCUCAAGCCGCCUCUGCCCGGUGCCCCCGACCCUGCUCCUGCCCUUUGCCCGCUGAGCUCCACUGCACCUUCCGCUCCCUGGUCGUCAUCCCAGCGGCUGUGUCUAAACACGUGGAGCGCAUGAACCUGGGGUUCAACAGCAUUAAUAAGAUCACAGACAAAUCCCUGGCUGGCCUGAGGAAGCUGGAGCUGCUGAUGGUCCAUGGGAAUGACAUCCAUGACCUGCCGGACGGAGUGUUCAGGGACCUUGCUUCUCUUCAGAUGUUGAAGAUGAGCUAUAACAAAUUGACAGAGAUAAAUAGGCAUACCCUCCGAGGUCUGUGGUCCUUGGCCAGGUUACACCUCGACCAUAACCGACUGGAGUUCAUCCACCCGGACGCUUUCCAUGGCCUCACCUCCCUGCGACUGCUGCAGCUGGAAGGCAACCGGCUGCAGCAGCUGCACCCGGCCACCUUCACCACCUUUGCUGUUUUGGGCCACUUCCACGUCUCCACGCUGAGGCACCUCUACCUGUCAGACAAUGGUCUGACGUCAGUGCCCUCCAGGUUGUUGGCAGCCAUGCCCCAGUUGGAGAACCUGUACCUCCAUGGAAAUCCAUGGACCUGUGACUGCAACAUGAAAUGGCUCCAUGACUGGAACAAGAAUUCACCAGGUGUUUUAAAAUGUAAAAAGGACAAGGCCCUGCCUGGUGGUCAGCUCUGUCCCAUGUGUUCUUCUCCCAGACACCUCCGGAGAAAAGAGAUCGACGCUGUGGAGAACCUGGUCUGCAGCAGCCCCGUCAUCAGGUCUCCUCAUAAGAAUUCUUCAGCCGAGGAUGUCGAGAGUGAGGUUUUGACCAAAGAGGCCUUCAAGGAACCGUUUGGCAAUGUUUCUUUGGGCCUGUCAGAUGAGCAUGGAAAUGAAGUGGAUUUGGAGUGUAGCACAGGCGAGCCGAGGGAGAUGACAAAGAUCAACUGGGAGCAGGUCGACCCGCUUCAUUUGGCCUACAAUAUCACACUGUCAGUGGAUCUUGAAUGUCCCGUUGACAGAGAAAAAUAUGAGAAACUCUGGAGGCUAAUCGCAUACUACAGCAGCACGCCAGCCCACUUAGAAAGAGGAGUUAUUCUAAGCCAGGACCCCUAUCCAACCUAUGUGUAUAGACAAGACUCAGAGAGGGAUGCGCUGUACUACACCGGCGUUAAAAUGAAUAUGAUGGCCCAGCCAGAAUGGAUCAUGCAGACGUCUCUAGACCUUCAGCUGAACCGACUUCAGUCUUCAGCCAAGAUGGUAAAAUUGAUCCUGAGUGCAGACCUUUCGGAGACAGCGGAGGUGGAGCUCCUGCGGAGACAGAGAAGGACGUGGGUCAUGAUCGAGGAAACCAAUACAACUCGUAAAGUGAUUACCGCUAUCCUGGGAGGCUCAACUCAAAUGCGCUAUAAUGUGCACAGCUCUGGCCAGCCAAUUAUUCGCUGGAUGCUGCCAGAUGCCUCCAAACUGGAGGCACCAUAUGGCCGUUCAGGCGACAGGGUGUCUGUGUCCAGUGACGGAAUGCUGGUGAUUAAAGAUGUCAGCCACUCAGACACAGGCGUUUACUACUGCAUCUCCAGGGUUCAUGAAGACUUUGCUGUUAUGCCUUUUCAUCUGACAGUACAGGAAUCCUCCAGCCCUCCCCCAGGCGAGGACACAUCAGUUAAACCUAUUGAGGGAUUUGCUGGCAGCCCUCUUUCCCUGCCUUGUAUUACAUUCGGCUCCCCUGAUGCCGACAUUAACUGGAUUCUGCCAAGCGGCAACAUAGUCAGUUCCCAAACAAACUCCUCCAGAACUCUUGUCUAUCCAAAUGGCACUCUACAUAUCACACAGCUUCAGGUGUUAGACAGUGGUUAUUAUAAAUGCAUUGCCAUGAAUCUACAUGGGGUGGACACACUGGCGACAAAAGUCACUGUUGUCAGGCGCAAAGGGCUGAUGAAGCCCUUGAGGAAGUUUCCAUCCAGGCCUCAGUCGGCUUCGGGGGUCAACACACAGAUCAAAGUCCCCACAGAGAAUGCAGAGGAAGCAUCAGGGGACACUGAGUCACAGAUGAGCCGUCUGGAUUUGAGAAGGAGAAUUCCAGGAAGUGCGGCCUCAAACAGGAGGGGUAACCAUCCAUCCAGGAAUAUGUGGCGGAGGCCACCUGUGCUUCGGAAACCGACAGGAUCACAGGUUGAAAACGUGAAAAAUACAGUUGAAGGCAAGAGGAGAAUUAACAUGUCGAAAAGUAAAAUAGAUCCAGAGAAAUGGGCUGAUAUUUUAGCUAAGAUCAGGGAUAGGAAUCCUCAGAAUACUGUGACCCCACUCCCUGUUCAGAAUACAACAGUGAGGAAACCAACAAAAAUGAAUCAGUCACAAGAAACUGAUGAAGGAUCGUCAGAGGGCAUGUUAGAAAAGGAAGGCCAAGAUUACUUCACAACGCCAAGCAUAUCUGUACAAAAUACACAAAAGAAAACAAGUAAACACACAACACAAAGUCAAGACACACACGUGACAUUGAAUAGUUACACUGCACAUUAUACACAUGAUAUAACUUCUAACAGUCAGCAGGCUGGUACAACAGAGCCACCCACAACACAGAGCACAUCCAAUACACAGCUCACAACCCUCGAUACAAACUUAGGCCUGCACUCAAGUUCAAACAGUGUAUUUUUCCUCCCACAGACCACAUCUGCUCCUUUACACACUGUCACUUUUUGGCAGGCUCGCACAAACAUUGCAAGCGGCAGCAUUACAUCGCAUCUACAAGAGAUUCACGGCACAGAUGUUGACGGAGUCACAACAGCCGAUUGGUUCAAGGCAACGGAGAAGAUGCAGAAUGCGGACAGACCAAAUGUUAUUGCCAGCUCUAAUAAUGACAGAGAAGCCUCUCCAAGGGGAAGUCAGAUCAUCCCCUCAGUCAACCCAAAUGAAUCAGCUGCAAGCCAAGAUGAAGAUGGAAAAUAUGAGACUGCAACAGCAUCGCAGUUGCACACUCAGCUGAAAGACACAACAUUUGGUCAGCUGCAAUCCGAAGCAAUGCUCACAACAGUCUCUUUGACAACUACACUUGUGCCCACCACUGCGAGAAGGGCAGGGGCCGAAGAACAGUCACCCCCACCUCUCCGACAACCAAACUCCAGGAGAAGGAAUGGUGGCCGAAGGAGGAGGCCAAACAGAAGGAAACAAAAGCUGAAUGAAUCCACCCGGUUUAUUGCCACCACACCUGCAAACGCUCCCCUAGCAACGGCUGUGAACACCCCCUCCACAAAUCUAAAAAUAGACCCAUUAGAAGUUACAGCAGCUAGUUUUGGUGCCACUGUUCCAUUCACCCGUAGCCAAGUAGCGUCAUCAGACAGACUGAGUCAUAAAGAAAACACAGUCUCAGGGCAUGGCGAUCAGGCAGCCAUCAAAGCAUCCUCACCAGCUUCUUCCCACGAAACAAAGAACAGCGACCUAUUCAGAAGCACAUCACUGACAACAUCAUUUCCAACACUGUCUCCAGGGGAGGGUCACGGAAAUACAAGUCCUCAAAUGGCUUUGGAAAUCUCAGAAAGUGUAUCUCAUCCAGAGAGCUUCAGUGUACCCACAUCAACCACUCCUCAGGUUUCUACAGAAACACCUCCCCUACUUGUUGAGCCUUCAGAGGAGACACAGAGUCUUACGGGAGAUUUUGGAACUGGUUCUGGCAAUACCUUUGGUGGUUUUCAUACUGUGACACAAACAUAUACUGAGGGGAAUCUGUCAGGGCAUCAACACACGCUCGCUAAAACAGGUGGAGAGGUACUUUUGAAAGAGAUUGGUAUGGAUUUGUCACCACUGACUUCUCAGUCCACAUUGCCUCCUUCCUUCAGCGAGCAUGAAAUCAAGACAUCGGGAUACACUCAUGGUAGAUUGAGCGCAACAGCGACCACGCUUUUUGACUAUUUUGAGACAGAACAGGCUACCACAAAGGCUCCUGAAAUACCAGAACAUUUGGAUAAUAGCUCUAGUCAGAAAAAAGUCACAGCCAGUAAGUAUAAAGCAGAUGAAAAUAUGAGAGAGGAUGUUCCUGUCACAAGUACCACUGAGACAACACCUUCCCCUACUGCUUCAUCACUACCCGAUCCUGGAAUGCAAUUAACAGUCAUGCCAUAUAUCAUGCUACCCGAAACAUAUUCCCCAGAAGCCAAUAUGUACUCAUCACCAAAGACCACCACAAAGGACACAGAAAUAAAACCCACCGUUACACUAUCGGAGCCAAGGAGAACAUCAAAAUUCCAUCCUGCAACCCAAACACCUGGCUACAGCCUGGCCAGCACAAAUCCAGCAUUAGUCACGGCACUGACCAGCAGGCGGACAGACCAUCUGACAACAGCCAACGCCCCGACAAUUACUACAAGCCAGUCAAAUCACUCCAGAGAGAGAAGCACUCAGGCUAUGCCCAGAAAGCAUCAGCUACCUGGACAAGGCUCCAUUCCAAGAGGGAAGCCAAGGAUAACUAAGAGCAAUUUCCAGACUUUCACUGUGAAAGCUGAAACAGAUGCUCAGCUUCCCUGUGAGGCUGAGGGUGAGCCAAUGCCCUUCCUGUCAUGGAUUAAAGUUUCUAGUGGGGCAGUUAUUGCCAAGAACUCCAGGGUCCAGAGGUUUGAGGUGCACUCAAAUGGUACAUUAACAAUCAGGAACACGCAGCUCAUGGACAGGGGCCAGUACCUGUGCACGGUCCAGAACCAGUAUGGUACAGACAAGAUGGUGGUCAACCUUGUGGUCCUGUCUCAGCAUCCCCGGGUCCUCCAUCCAAGGCACAGAGACAUCACCGUCCAUCUGGGAAGCAAAGUCAGUUUGGAAUGCAAAGUAGUGGGACACCCCUUACCGCGAGUCACUUGGGUGCUCCCUAACAAUGUACACCUGGCUACCACCUCAGCCAGUGUGCCCUCUCAGCAGCACGUGGCAGUUGUGAAUAAUGGAACCCUCCAGAUCAGCCAGGCUAGUUACACGGAUAGAGGGAUUUAUAAAUGCAUUGGUAGCAGUGCUGCUGGUGCCGACACUGUCUCUGUACGUCUUUCCGUCUCCGCAUUGCCGCCGGUGAUUCAGCAAGCACAGCUUGAGAACACCACCUUUACGGAGGGCAGCACUGUCUACCUCCACUGCAUUGCCACAGGUGUCCCCCAGCCUGUGAUUCAAUGGACCACACCCAAUGGAAUGUACUUAACUGCAUCGCAGUCCCUUUCCCAGAACCUCUUUGUCUUCCCCAAUGGGACCUUGUACAUAAAAGGACUGGGCCCCGGAAAUGCUGGGAGGUAUGAGUGCUCAGCCAGUAACACCAUGGGGUCCAGCAAAAGGUCUGUGAUGUUGAAAUUAAGGGGAAAUCAUCCCCCUGCCAAGGCCAGUAUCAUGAUAUCGUCUCCCCAAAAAACAGAAGUGAUCUACGGGAGUAAGCUGCUACUCACCUGUGAAGCAACAGGUGAGCCAGUUCCCCGAAUCAUAUGGAGGACGCCCUCUAAGAAACUAGUGGAUGCUCAGUACAGUUAUGACCCCAGGAUCAAGGUCUUCCCUAAUGGCACCAUUACCAUUCAUUCAGUGACUGACGAGGACAGUGGGGACUACCUGUGUGUGGCACGCAACAAGAUGGGUGACGACUAUGUUCUGCUGCGCGUCAAUGUAAUGACUAAACCGGCCAAGAUCGAACAGAAGCAGCAGCGAUCCAGCCAGGAGGUGGUAUACGGUGGAGACCUGAAGGUGGACUGUGUGGCUUCUGGGCUCCCCGUUCCAGAGAUCAGCUGGGCGUUACCGGAUGGCACCAUGGUCAACCCGGUUAAACAGAGAGAUAUAGUCAGCGUGGGGCGUAGUCGCAGGUAUGUGGUGUUUGACAAUGGGACUCUUUACUUCAAAGAUGUCGGCACGCCAGAAGAAGGCGAUUACACCUGCUAUGCUGAGAACCAAAUUGGCAAAGAUGAGAUGAAGGUCAGAGUUAAAGUUAAAGGUGCGUCUUACCCACCACAAAUCCUGGAUAAUGACCCAAAGACUGUCCAUGUUUUCUACGGUGAAACAGUUACGCUCAGAUGUAAUGCCAAAGGUCAACCAGUACCAGUCAUCACAUGGAUAUCCCCUACGAAUAAAGUCAUCUCACCUGCAUUAGACAAACACCAGAUUCUGGAUGAUGGUACGUUGGUCGUUCAAAAGGUCCAACGUUUUGAUGGUGGUAAUUACACGUGCGUGGCGAGGAACAGUGCAGGACAGGAUUAUAGAGUCACCAGGUUGGAGGUCUUGGUGACACCUCCAGUAAUUAAUGGCUUGAAAGGAACUACCAACUCCAUCAAAGUGACAGCAGCCCAAGACCAGCAGAUGCUAAUGGACUGUGUGGCAAAGGGAACCCCCACCCCUCGUGUCAUCUGGGUUCUACCAGGAAAUGUGAUCCUUCCUGCGCCGUACUACAGCAAAAGAAUAACAGUACACCUGAAUGGUACCUUGGAAAUUCGGUCACCUAAGCGGACAGACUCAGGGCAACUGAUUUGCAUUGCUCGUAAUGAAGGAGGUGAGGUCAAGCUGGUGGUUAACUUGGAUGUGAAGGAGGUUGUCAAGAGGUCACAAAUUAGAGGUCCCAGAACAGAGAACCUGUCACUCACGGUUGGGAAUGCCAUGACUCUGAAUUGCUCUUUUGAGGGUUUGACACUACCUCACAUGACUUGGAUCUUACCCAACGGCACACCCUUGCACGCUGGUGCUCAGUUUUCAAAGUUUUUCCACCGGUUUGAUGGCUCUUUGAUAAUCAGCAACCCUUCAAUUGCAGAGGCUGGUGUGUACCGCUGUUUUGGGCAUAAUUCUGGAGUGCAUGUGGAGCGUACAAUCACACUGUUACCAGGCAGAAAGCCAGAGAUCAUCAACAGAUCCACCUCUCCUGUCAGUGUCAUGAAUGGAGAAACACUUCUGCUUCAUUGUCAAACCACUGGUGAACCCCUUAGACUAGCAUGGACUUUACCCACUGGGGUUGUCCUCAACAGACCACAGAGAGCAGGACGAUAUGCCAUACUGCCUAAUGGGACACUCGCCAUCCAGCAAGUAUCGGUCUAUGAUCGUGGGCCUUAUGUUUGCAGAGCUACUAAUGAGUAUGGCAGCACUCUGCUUUCGGUAUCAGUAACUGUGAUUGCAUACCCACCUCGAAUCACCAGCGGCCCUCCCUCUGUGACUUAUGCCAAACGUGGCGUUGCUGUUCAGUUAAACUGCAUAGCCACUGGCAUCCCCCAAGUGGAAUUAGCCUGGGAAACACCUGAGAAAAACCGCUUGGCCGUCAGCGCACAGCCUCGCCUUUUUGGGAACAAGUACCUCCAUCCGCAAGGUGCCCUCAUCAUCCAGAAUCCAACACAAAAAGACGCUGGCAUGUAUCGAUGCACAGCCAGGAAUGCCCUUGGCAUAGACUCUAAAGCUACAUUUCUCAAUGUCUUCUAAAUAAUUUCACUGUUCAUCAUGGCCCAUUGCCAUACUGUAUGCCCGAAAAACUGCCUAAUUAAAAUCAACUAUUGUUUUUAAUUUCAUGAAAAAACUACUGUCACUAUGACGAAAUAAUGAAAAGAUUAAAACUUACAGCAGGGCUUGGAAUGUGUACUGUUUAGAUACUACAUUUUGUUUGCUAUAGUUCACCAUUUCCAACAUUUUGCAUAUAAUACACAUUUUACAAAUAUGUACGGAUCUCCCGUAUUGAGCAUUUAGACACAUUAUAUGGCAGUGUUUGCUAUAGAAAUGUAUAAUAUGUGGACAUCUCUGAAGCCUCAUCCCACAAGAUGAUGUCACCAAUGAACACAGUUGAGAUGUUCAUGAACAAACUAAGUCUAUUGACCGGCUGUUUUAAAUGAACGAGGGGAACUGUUGCAGUUGUGACCUAUUCUUUUUUUUUUUCUGCACAAGCUCAUGCUUUGCUUUGAUGCGGUAUAGCGGUGACCAUAGCAGUCGACCUGGGUUUGUUUCCCGGUCAUCGCAAAGGUAUUUACUGAAUUUCUCACAGAAUAAAUAAAACAUAGAUAUAGAUACGGAUAAAGUCCCAUCAAGAGAAUAUUUUUUAGUGGUAGUCUGAUCCAGAUUUUACCCUAUCGCGGUGCUUAUUUCGGGGAUAAAAUAAGUUACCCCCAAGCUGGCAUUUUAAAAAUAAUGUAUCAAAAUACAGUUAUAUUAUGUCAUGAAGUUUGAACUUCAUAGCCAGUUUUAAAACAGCAACAAAUGACAUGAGACUUUGCUUCUACAGCAGAUACACCUGUAGCACCUGAGUACCUGCUUUCAUAAUAUAGUACAAUUGCUUACUGGCAGAUUCCUUUUGCACAACUUCUUAUUUUUCCUAACUAGAAAAUAUCAUUUUGAAUUUGACUGAACAUAUGUAUAAUGUUUUUGUUUGUUUUUUAAGUAGGUGAUUUUAAUUUUUUACUCCAAAUUUGAUCUAUUUGUAUACUGUGCUUUUCAUAAAUCUCUUCUGUGUGUGUUCCCAUAAUGACUCAGAUAUUUCAGUAACUGAAUAUUUGAUUCUGAAAAGUGCUGACACGGGCAGUAUGUCCUCAAUUUGUAAAUUAUUUGUCUUUGACAGACAGUGAUGCACAGCACUUUUUCCACAUUUUAAUAAAAUAUUUUAAAAUAUAUUUAUUCCCAUUUCUACUAAAGUCAAAUUAGUGUUUCUUGUUUUUUGAGGUAAGAAAACGAAGAAAAUCACUUCUGGAAAUAAACACAGGUUUGUGAUUAUUUAUA